GGAGCUUUUGGAGUGCACCAGGUUCAGUCCAAGUCUGUUACAAUCCCAUGAAGCGCUGUGCCGACUGCCGACUGAAACACUCCCACGUUACUGAGCUGAAAUGCUCGAUAACAUGGAAGCAGCAGAACUGGGGGGGGGGGGAUCUGCUGCCACAGUCCCAAACUCCCUGGAAAUCAAUGCUCCUUAAAUCCCUGAAAACUGCUGCUGCUACUAAGGGCACACCCCUGUGAAUAUGUAGAGCAGUUUCUGAGGGGUGUUGCUGUUUUUAGGUGCCACUUCAAAGCUGCCAGGGAUCUUUGGUGGGCUGAAUGAGGCCCACGAUCCACCACCCCUCCAUCCUACACGAUUGCUCCUUCAAAAUACACAAGUAACCUUUUUGCACUUUGGUGCACUCGUGCAAAGCUUAUUGCACUUGCAGAACACGGAACACUCUAAGGCCUGGCUCGUUUGCUUUCUGGAGAAGUGCUUGUUCCACCCACCCGAAGACAAACCCAUCAUCAGUGGUAACGUUGCAGCCAAUCUUGAGCCCCCAUGGCAUGCACAUCGAGUCAGGAUUCCCCCCCCCCCCACAGGGGUUUUCCGCACUUACGCUGAACAACAUCCAUACCAGUUCCCAGCCACCCCACAGUUCUAUGCAGAUUUUACCUUCCUGAAUAAUCUGGAGCCACCUACAAGACUGGCAUGUGGCAGGCCGUUAUGUGCACUUUUCUCAUCGCUGUUCAAACAACACAGCUUGCACAGCACAUAUGGGGUCAGGGCUUUCAAGACAUUUCACACCUGGGGAUGCUCCUCCCUUUAACAGCCUGGCCACUGAAUGCAGCUGAAGGCGUUUCUGAGUCAGUGGUUUGACACCCACACACCUUCCUUCUCCAGCAGUGUUGCACGCUCAGCCUCCUUUUCAAAUUCUAAUCUUUUCCCUGCCGCCAGUUUGGAGUGGCAGGAGUAAUUGUUCAAAUGAGCUUUUGGAAUCUUUGCAACCUGCAACCACCUUCUCUUCUGUGUGCCAAGACUCACACCCACAGCCUCUCAUCAUCGCAGGUGUGCUGCGUUCCAGCUGCAAGCCUUUGCAAAUUCCUCCAAACUGCCCCGUAAGACACAAGUCUCGGUAAUUCCAAGGGAGCACUCCCCCCCGGAUGAUAUCUAACUGGGAAAGUAGCUGAAAACUGAAUCCCUGUGACUGGGAGCUGAUAGCCGUUUACGAGCUGGGUGCUGGGCGACCUCCUCCUUCCGAUCCUCGGAGUGCCUUCUCUUCCUGGCACCAUUCUCCUUCAUGGCUUUCCAGCCUUGCCCUGUGGUCACUCAGCCUGCGGCCGUCAACAGAUGCCUCCCGUCUCCAUACAGGGAUUGGAAGUCGGGAUUGUGGGACUGCAGCUCGGACCAAACGAUAUGUUUCUGCGGGAUCUUCUGCCUUCCCUGCCUCACUUGCAAGGUGGGUGCGGAGUACGGCGAAUGCUUCUGCGUCCCCUUCCUGCCGGGGGCUCUUGUGGCCAUGCGGACGGGCCUGCGAGAACAGCUGCGCAUCAAGGGCUGCGUGUGCUGCGAUUGGUGUGCUUUCUGCUGCUGCUGCCCCUGCGCUCUGUGCCAGAUGGCACGAGAGCUGAAGAGCCCAUGUUGUUAGUCUCAUCCUGAGCUGGACGCUCUGGAACCCCCUUGCUGGUUGGCCCC